CAGAUAUUCGCUGCGCUUCUACGCCGGCCAGCCCUGCAAACCCGCGACUAUUCAAGCCCGGCAGCCCAGUCUCGACGACUCUACACGCACAGUCUCGACGACCUCUACUCAGUCGACGACCUCACUUCACCCUCACCUAAUACCCCGCACACCCCGACCGAGCAAACAUGUCUGUUGUGGGCAUUGAUCUGGGCACGCUCAACAGCGUCAUUGCUGUUGCGCGCAACCGUGGUGUCGAUGUGAUUGCCAACGAAGUCUCCAACCGCGCGACACCGUCGCUGGUCGGCUUCGGCCCCAAGAGCAGAUACAUCGGCGAGACGGCGAAGAACCAGGAAAUCUCCAACCUCAAGAACACCGUGUCGUCGUUUGUGCGCCUCGCCGGCCGCGCCUUCAACGACCCCGAUGUGCAGGUCGAGCAGGACUUUGUCUCGGCCCCGCUGGUCGACAUUGACGGCCAGGUCGGCGCUGAGGUCUCGUAUCUCGGCAAGAAGGAGCAGUUCACCGCCACCCAGAUCACAGCCAUGUACCUGACCCGUAUGCGCGCGACCGCCUCGACCGAGCUGAAGCUGCCCGUGCACGACGUCGUGCUGUCGUGCCCCGUGUGGUACACCGACGCCCAGCGCCGCGCCCUGCUCGACGCCUCGCAGAUCGCCGGCCUCAACUGCCUUCGCCUGAUCAACGACAACACCGCCGUCGCCCUCGGCUACGGCAUCACAAAGCUCGACCUGCCCACCGCCGAGGAGAAGCCCAAGCGCGUGUGCUUUGUCAACAUCGGCCACAGCAACUACACCGCCACCGUGGUUGAGUUCAAGAAGGGCGAGCUGGCCGUCAAGUCGAGCGCCUGGGACCGCCACUUCGGCGGCCGCUACAUCGACAAGGCGCUCGUCGAGCACUUCGCCAAGGAGUUUGACGAGAAGUACAAGAUCAGCGUCAUGGAGAACGGCAAGGCCCGCUUCCGUCUGGCCGCCGGUGUUGAGAAGCUCAAGAAGGUCCUCUCCGCCAACAACAUGGCCCCCGUCAACGUCGAGUCCAUUGUCAACGACGUCGACGCCCGCGGCAUGCUGAAGCGCGAAGAGCUCGAGGAGCUCAUGAAGCCGCUCCUCGAGCGCGCCACUGCCCCCAUCGAGCAGGCCCUCGCCGAGGCCAACCUCACCCCCGACGACAUUGACACCGUCGAGCUGGUCGGUGGCUGCACCCGUGUGCCCGCACUCAAGGCCGCCAUCCAGGAGUACUUUGGCGGAAAGACCCUCUCCUUCACCCUCAACGCCGACGAGGCCGUCGCCCGUGGCUGCGCCUUCAGCUGCGCCAUCCUCUCCCCCGUCUUCCGUGUCCGCGACUUCUCGAUCCACGACAUGGUCAACUACCCCAUCCAGUUCACCUGGGAGAAGUCCGAGGACAUCCCCGACGAGGACACCAACCUGACCGUCUUCAACAAGGGCAACGUCAUGCCCUCGACCAAGAUCCUGACAUUUUACCGCAAGCACGCCUUCGACCUCGAGGCCAAAUACGCCAAGCCCGAGCAGUUGCCCGGCAAGGCGAACCCGUGGAUCGGGCGCUUCUCCGUCAAGGGCGUCAAGGAGGACCCCAAGGGCGAUUUCAUGAUCUGCAAGCUCAAGGCCCGCCUGAACAUCCACGGCGUGCUCAACGUCGAGUCCGGCUACUAUGUUGAGGAGGUUGAGGUCGAGGAGCCUAUCCCCGAGCCUGAGGGCGAGAAGAAGGAGGGCGAAGUACGUGACCCCCCUGAUUUUGACCCUGAUUUUGACCGCAGCGCCAAGCGGCGCAAGCCCACUCCGCGUCCUGCGAACGAGAGAACCGAGCUAACGAGUGAUUCGCAGAUGGACGUCGACAAGGAGAAGGAGCCGCCUAAGAUGCGCAAGGUCAAGAAGCAGCAGCGCAAGGGCGACCUGCCGCUGUCCGCCGGCACAGCCUCGCUCGACGAGGCCACGCGCACCACCCACGCCGAGCGCGAAAACGCCAUGAUCAUGGAGGACAAGCUCGUCCAGGACACAGAGAACGAGAAGAACAACCUCGAGAGCAUGAUCUACGAGCUCAAGGACAAGAUCAUCGACCAGUACGCCGACUUUGCGUCCGACGACGAGAAGUCCCGUCUCACCGCCAAGCUCGAGCAGAUCGAGGACUGGCUCUACGACGACGGCGAGGACGCUUCCAAGGCGCAAUACGUCUCCAAAAAGGAGGACAUCCGCUCCAUCGCCGGCCCCAUCAUCCAGCGCUUCAACGACAAGCUCCAGGAAGAAGAGUCGAAAAAGCGCGAGAAGUGGGAGAAGGAGGCCGCCGCCAAGCAGGCCGAGAUUGAGCGCCAGAAGCGCGAGUCGGAGAAGAAGGGCGAGAAGCCCGCCGAGGAGGACGCCGAGAUGAAGGACGCCGACAAGGAGGAGAUUUCGUAGAGCGCGGAAAAAGUUUAAGCGGUGUGGCAUGUGAAUCUGAUGUUUAUGAUAGACGGCGGUAUAGAUGAAACGAGGACGAAUUUUUGUUCA